AUGGGGGUUUGACUGAGAAAGAGACUUGUUUUCACUCUCUAGGGGAUCCCGACCCCAAACCCUUCCCCCUCAUGGCGACGGCGCAUUCGAUCCGAUCCAUUCCCACACUUUCCCAGCCCCCGCCACCGGCGUCCGCAGCUCCGACCCCGCCCCCUUUCAGUACUCCAAAUCGCUUGCUCGAACCCUCCUCCAUGGGGCACCGCGAUAGGGAGAUCGGCUCCAAGCGAGCGAAGCUCCCGGCCGCCGACGGCGCAAGCGAGGACCGCCUCAGUGCGCUACCCGACGUCGUUCUUAUCGGCAUCCUCCUCAAGCUCUGCCGCACGGCCUACGCCGCUCGGACCAGCGUCCUGUCCCGCCGCUGGCGCCACCUCUGGGCCCUCCUCCCGGAUCUCGACUUCACCGGCGACGCCGACCACCACCGCAUACUGCCCGCUCUCGCCGCCCAUCAAGCGCCGGUGCUCCAGGGCCUAGGCGCCUUCGUCGACGACAUCUCUGCCGACUCCGUGGCGGCCUGGCUCCCCAUAGCCGCGCGCCGCCUCUCCGGCUGUAUACUGCUUUACAACGCUGUACCGCAGAACCAGGCCAGGGAAAGAUGCGUCUUUGAGCUGCCACGCUUCGAGAGCACCACCUCUAUCGUGUUCGACCUAGGAUUUCCUGGCCUUGCCGUGCCGCAUUCCAGCGUAUUCACCCGCCUCGUCUCUCUCUGGCUGUUUCGUGUCCAUCUGCAUGGCCCGUGCGGGCUUGGUGAAGCUCUCUCCUCACCGCGGUGCCCAUCCUUACGAGAACUCAAGAUACGUGAUGCCUGGGGUCUGGGUAACUUCACCAUCCACUCCGAGUCUCUCCUGCAAAUGGAGCUGAAUAACUUGUAUGGCUUGCAGCAGCUCAUUGUAGAAGCAAAGGUACUUAAAGAGUUACAUGUGAGUUCUUGCUUUCAGAAUUAUGUCACUGUGGUGAGUCAACCGGUUGCAAACAUCUCAGCCCCUCAACUGGAAUCACUCCACUGGACGGAUGCUUAUGAUCCAAGCUCUGUCCAGCUUGGCGAGAUGGCACAUCUCCAACGUCUGGAUACUGGUCACUUUUUUGUGUUUGGACAUUAUUUGGAUGACUACACACCCAAUCGCUAUUGCUUGAGACUCUUGCAGCAAUUUGAGGUCAUGCACCAUUUAAAGCUCUCGCUCAUCUAUCUGCUGAACAAAGGUCACCAUCAAUACCUGAUGGAGGACAUGACAAGGCUCCCUAACAUUACACUCUUGACCCUGGAUGUAAUGACAAAAGGACAUUCAUUUGGAGCAAGCUUAUUCCAUAUUCUCAGGAUGUGUACUGGUGUAAGAAAGUUGGCUCUUGUCUUUCUCGGAAAACCUAGCAAUCUGAAGGCACAAGUUACAUGCCCAUCAGGUUGCAUUUGUGAUCAACCCCUAAACUGGAAAAGCGAGGAACUCAUAUUAAAUUGCCUCCAAGAAAUAGAAAUCAAUGGGUUUGGAGGAACUGAACAUGAAGUUGCUCUUGUGAAAUUGUUAUUCAAUUGGGCAGCAGUGCUAAAAAAGAUGACAAUAGCUUUCCAUUACUCAAUUCCUAAAAGGAAGGCUGAGGAGUUGGGCCGCAUGUUACUAGGCUUCUCCAGCCCAGAAAUAUUGAUGGACUUUUUGCAUAUCAAGUAUUCUCGAGAAGGCGCACGCUCCACAAGGCUCCAACUUUACCGUUCUUUUCAGUUUUUAGAAGCUUCAGGUGUGGAAAAUCCUAAUGCUGGCAUGUAGAAGAGUGGUGGUGAAUUUGUAAAGUUAGAUUAAUGCAUUUAUGAUUGGCUUGCACACAAUGCAGGAUGCCUUGUGGGUUGUGUGUUUCUCUGUUAGAUGAGAUGCACAGGGAGGGGGUGUGUAGCUUAGUUUCUGCUGUGAACUGCUAGCAAAGACUUCACCAUCGAAUUAUUUUGGUAAUGAAAUAUUGGUAGAUCCUUUGUUUGUUUUUC